UAAUUACAGCAAAGUGUGGAGUUGAGUCGCGUUUUGAGCAGGAUGAGAGCGGGACAAAACUUGACUAGGAUGGUGCAAUGAUUUCAAGGAACGGUGCGAUGAGCAAGUCUUUGCGAAUGUGAAUAUAUAAUCGUAUUGCUCAUUUUUUUUGUUUGGGGACCUAACACGCAAGAGUCAGAUCUGAAGUAAACUGCAGGCUCAGCUAAGGGAGUGACAUGCCAGAGGGCUCCCACUGGACUCUCCACAGCAGCCCAAUGGGAGAAGAGUCUCCUCGCUUGUCCACGGGCUCGUCCGUAGGGAGCCAUGACCCCUUGUCCUCUGGCGCCCCGGGUGACUGCUACGGCCUCCCCUGCUCCGAGCACUCGGAAGACGAGCGUCCAGUGAGCCUGGUGUCCACCCUCUCGUCCGGCUCGUCCCGCGACGAGGGCCUGAGCGCCGGCUGCAGCGCUGCCACGACCCCCCUGCCCCCCCUGUCCACCCCGCACGCGCCCUCCGAGGAAGAGGGAGAGCAGGACAUCGACCUUCACCUCUGCCCGCCCUCAGAGGCCCACGCCGGGCAGCCGACCCCGCCAGGCCUGCCCCCUGAGAGCACAGGCGAGGGUGGAGGAGGCUGGCAGGAGCUGCGGCAGGACACGGACCACGCCCACCUGUCGCCCCCCGCAGACGCCCCCAGGAAGCUCUCCCUGCCCGACUCACCUGGGCACUCGCCCUUCGCCACUGUCGCCAUGGCGCCCAACCCCCAGCUCACCUACCUGGACCGCGUGGUCAUGGAGAUCAUCGAGACGGAGCAGAUGUACGUGCGGGACCUCUGCAGCAUAGUGGAGGACUACUUGGCCCACAUCAUAGACACAAGCACUCUAGGCCCAGAGCAGGUCUCUGCCUUGUUUGGAAACAUAGAGGACAUCUAUGAGUUCAAUGGGGAACUACUGCAAGCCUUGUACAUGUGUGACAAUGACCCGGUGGCUAUAGCCAGAUGCUUUGUUGACAAGAGUGAAUAUUUUGACAUCUACACCCAAUACUGCACAAACUACCCCAACUCUGUGGCUGCUCUGACAGAGUGCAUGAGGAAUAAGAACCUAGCCAAGUUCUUCCGUGAGCGGCAGGCCUCUCUCCAGCUCUCCCUGCCCCUGGGCUCCUACCUCCUCAAGCCCGUCCAGAGGAUCCUCAAGUACCACCUCCUGCUCCAGGAGAUCGCCAAGCACUUUGACUGUGAGGAGGAGGGCUACGAGGUGGUGGAGGAGGCCAUCGACACCAUGACUGGUGUGGCCUGGUACAUCAACGACAUGAAGAGGAAGCACGAGCACGCCGUCAGACUGCAGGAGAUUCAGUCGCUGCUGAUCAACUGGAAGGGGCCGGACCUCACCACCUACGGGGAGCUUGUUCUGGAGGGAACCUUCCACGUGCACCGUGCCAAGAACACGAGAACCCUCUUCCUCUUUGACAAGAUCCUCCUCAUCACCAAGAAGAGGGGAGAGCACUACAUCUACAAGAACCACAUCUCGUGCUCCACGCUGAUGCUGAUUGAAAGUGCCAAGGACUGUCUGCGCUUCAGCGUCACCCACUACAAACACCCCAAGCAGCCGCACACGGUCCAAGCCAAGACGCUGGAGGAGAAGAAGCUGUGGGCUCAUCAUAUUAAGAGGCUUAUUCUGGAGAACCAUCAGGCCGUCAUCCCACAGAAGGCGAAAGAGGCCAUUCUGGAUAUGGACUCUAUUUCUGUUCUUAAGCACGCAGAGAGUGUGGGCACCCUGCUGGUGGACAGUGCCAGUGACAGGUGCUCACUGCAGCCAGCGACCAGCCUCAGCUCCCUGGCCUCCAGUCUAAGCGAGUCCCAGGCUCCACCGAGGCCUUGUCUGGAAGACGGGCGCGAGGAGCUCGACUUGGGCACAGAGUCCGAGGAGAAGCUUAGGGGCGAGGAGGAGAAGGCGGAGGACUCACUGGCACGGAAUGUUCCGGAGGUGGAGGUGGAGCAGCAGGAGCCACCGAAGAUGGAGAAGGAGGAGGAGGAGAAAGAGAGAGGGAGCGAGGAGAAGGAGGAGGAGAUUCUGAUGGUGGACGACCAGGAUGGGGAGGGCUGCGCCGCUGUGGAGGAAGACCAGCCGGUCCCAGGAGAAGGGACCCAGACUGUCCCCGAGGAAGAGGCCACUGAGCCAGCCGUGGACCAGCUCAAUGACCAGACCUCAGCAGAGGAGCGGUCUCCUCAGGACAGCACUGGCCAGCACGAGAGCCCUGUGGAGACCUGGACGACCAUUCCCCACAUCCACAUCGAGGAGUGCCCCGAACUAGCGCCCAGCGGUGGACGGCAGGCUGAAGUGGACGAGUGUUUGGGGGAUGCGUCGGCUGGUGAUGAGGACGGCUUGGAUACGAGCGCUGUGGGCCAGGAGGAGAAGAAUAGCUUCAACAGCGGGACGUUCUCCGAGGAAGAGGAGGAGGCGGUCGCCAUGGAGACGGAAGCCUCCGGCAGCAGCAUCCUCCCUCCGUCGGUGCUGGACCAGGCGAGCGUGAUCGUGGAGCGCUUCGCGGGCAGCCUCUCGCGGAGGAACAGCCUGGUGAUGACCGGCGACCUCCCGCUCACCACCACCACCCAACAGUCAGGGCUCCUGACCGGCUGCCCCCCGCCCCUGGCCACCUCCCUCCCGAAGCCUGCGGCCUCUGACCCGCCGGCCCCGGCCCCCGCGGCGGAGCAGGACCGGACGGCCCAGCGGAGGCAGGACUCCACGCUGUCCAAGCGGGACCAGCUGCUGAUCCACAAGAUCCGCCACUACUACGAGCGCGCCGAGCACCAGGACGUGGGCUUCUGCAUCAAGCGGCGCGAGAGCCUCUCCUACAUCCCCGCCGGCCUGGUGCGCCACCUCAGCCGCCAGAUCGACAGCAGCCCCACCGACGACACCGCCACCGCCGCCGCCGCCGCCGCCAACAGGAAGGGAAGCCCCAGCGCGCGCCCCACGUCCUGGUCCGUGUUCAGUCUCCCCGGGCUGGACAAGAGGGACGAGGCGCCCAAGUCCUCGGCCAAAGACAGAGCUGCGGCGUGCUCGGCCACUGGGGACAGGAGCCCUAAAAGGAGAGCGGUCAGCAUCAGCGAUGAAGAAUUCCACUCGCCCUCUCACAUGCUCCCAGUGUGGCAGGACAUGGAGGCAGAGGUGACCGAGGCGCGGGAUGACCGACAGCCCAAUGCAGAGACCGAGGACGACCAGACUGGACACGACGUCCCGACAGUUGACCACGAGAGCCUCCCCAGUCGGGAGCGCAGGCGUGCCGAGGGCGGCGAGUCUCUGCGGAUCCAGGAAGAAUGUGAGGUCAGCACGGUGGUGACCGAUGCGUCCACUGCCCCCACCCCUCCUGUGUUCCUGUCCCCCACCAAAGAGGAGGCACCAGGGCUGGAGCCGGAGAACAGAGGCUCCGACAGGCACGUCCAGACUGGCCGGCCACCGCGGGCGCCCCUGCCCAGGAUCAUCACCCUGCGCUCGGGCGCCGAGGAGGAGCAGAUCCUGCAGGACGUGGAGAAGGUGAAGAACAAGGUGUUCCAGCUGGCCCGCCAGUACAGCCAGCGCAUCAAGAACAACCGGCCCGUGCUGAGAGCCAGGACCAGGGAGACGGACAGCUGCCUGACCCCCAAGAACCUGGCCUCUGUCCAGGAGGAGAGGAGUCCAGUGAGGGACAAGGGCUCGGCCGGCCUCUUCCUCUCUCUCAGCUCCUAUGACCAGGUGACCAUUCAGGAGCUGAAGCUACGCAGUCCGUCUCCCGGCGCCACCACCACCAGCUCGGCGGGCAGCUCCCGUGUCCAGUCCCCCAGCCCUGGCACCAGCGCCAGCACCGGCCCUCCCCUGAGCCCCAGCGCCGUGGAGCCCUUCCCCUGGCCCGACGUCAGAGAGCUGCGCUCCAAAUACGCCCCCGGCCGGACCGGCGGCGCCAUCGGCAUCUGCCGCAGCCACUCCACCCCCGACAAGAUGAUGAUGAUGAUGAUGAUGGCGGAGGGGGAGGAGGAAGAGGGGGGCGAGGAGAGGGAGAGGGCGCGGACGUCACUGAGUCGCUCCAGUUCCAACUCCAGCAGCUGCCUCUCCCCGGAGCCAAGAGGCUCCCUGCCGGACAUCAGCUCUGCCGUCACUGCCUCGGCCAGCGAUGUCCGCUACUGUGGCCUGGGCAGCGAUGCCCAGCUCGGCAUGGGCACAGCUGGGCAGCAGGAGAAGAAUGGAGGGGCUUGUGCCCCCAGGCUGUUCCGGGUGAGCUCUCUGGAUCACGUCAUGGGCACACUGCAUAUCAACGAGCCACAGCCACAGCAGCCGCCACCGCCGCAGCAGAGCCCAACCAGGUCACACAAGGACACCCGCAGGUGUGCAGGAGAUGCCAGGCUGACGCAAGACAAUAGGCUUGUCGCCGCGGAAACGGUCAGCGUGCCCUUGACAGGCCACCGGGAGGGGAAGGGGAGCGAGACGAAAGAGGAGCGUCACCAAAGGCACCAGAACCUCCUGAACGGGGGCGCGGAGGACAGCAGGUCGGCCCUGGAGCUGGAGGCCUGGAGGAGCCUGCGCAGGAGGGACUGGAGGACUUACGAGAGGCUCCAGAGCGCCCACCGCUACUCCACAGGCUCGCUCAGGAGACUGGACAGCGGCCAGCACAGCCUGGUCAAGAACCUACGGGAGAAAUUCCAAAGCCUGAGCUCAUAUACAUAAAACUAUACGUUAGACAUAUGGGGUUUGUAUAUACUGUAUGUACAACUGUCUGAUCACUGGCUUCAGCAUGCUCAAGGUGAGAGUGAAUAAGCACCUGAUGGGAAAUGGGAAUCGGUACUGUGUGUUCAUCAGACUUGAGUCUGUGCAUCAGGUUGGCCAGUAACUCAACUGUUCAUUGCCAGAUUGGCAGCUCACUCUGGCACGGUUUGGCCACAGCAGGGCCUGAUCUGCAUUAGACCAGGACUAAAUUCUCAUGGCAUUAGGAGCAGAUUUGCACUAACUCAGGGCCAGAUCUGUACCGCAUCAGAGCCAGAUCCAAACCGGAUCAGCAGGACCGGCUCUGCACCACAUCUGGCCCAGAUCAGUGCCAGUUUAGUUCCAGAGUUUGCUGCCAUGUCACUUGCCAUUGCUUGUUGUAAGGUCAUAUACAUUGCUAUGUGCUAGUGGUAAGGUCAUAUACUGUACAUUACUAUGUGCUUGUGGUAAGGUCAUAUACUGUACAUUACUAUGUGCUUGUGGUAAGGUCAUAUACAUUAUUAUUGUUGGAAUUGGUUUAUCUUCUUAUUUCUGGACACAUCCUGCAGUAUCUGGGAACCUGUUAAGGGAUACGUAGCAAUCAUGAAAGGCUCCUAUUUAACUUUUUUUAAGAAUAAGUCUUACAGAAACCAUUGUACAUUUGUCUAUACCUGUACUCUCUUUACUUUUUAUUCACAAAUGUGGAUAUUUUAAGAUGUAUAUACGCUUCAAUAAUGAGGAAAGAUAUAUUCACUUUUCACUCAUCGGUCAGAGAAAAUGUAUCCUUUGUUGAAAAAGAUUGUUUUGUAUUCAUCUUUAACACAUCUGUACAUUGUAAUGCAAUAAGGGUUUGGGUCCCAUAGCGAGCCCUUGCUAAUGAGACAUGAGCUCUCUUCUAAGGCCCAGUAGGCUCCUGUGCUGUGUUUAGAUGUGGAGGUGCUGAGAGACACCACCUGAUUUGGCCAACGGCUGACACAUUGCCCAGGUGUUGAUGGCCUCCUGUGACUUCUGAGACGGCAAAAUAAUUGGCAACACUUUGUUUGACACAAAUCAAAAGGUGUUGGUUAAAUGACUCACCUGAGAAGAGAUGAGGUGUAAUGUCAUAUUGUUGAAGUAAGACUCUCUAAAGUAGGAUUCUUUAAACAGGCGCCUCUUUUCACCAAGACAGAUUUCAUGACACCGCUGCUUUUGUAGUGUGCUACUUUACACGUGUAAUGACAAAGGGACUUCUGGGUACUUUGGCGUAAUGGAUCAUGGUAUGGUCCUCUUCUUAGGCACAGCCACAGGGACUAUCGGGGAGGUGACCAUAGGUGACCAUUUUCUAUUUAAGUUAUGUUUAUUCCCCCAUAUUGAUGUGACCCAUGUUCAUCACUUGAAUGUUUCAGUCGGUCCUAGUGUUUUGAACCCCCAUAACCAGGCCAGCACUACAAGUCCACUUCAAUUCACCGUGGUUAUUUUGUUUGUUGUGUUUUGCCUUGUGCUACAGUGACUGUAUGCCUGUACGCACCUGCUUUGACCGUAACUCCAACAUGGUUCUUAUUAGGAUCAGCUCAAAAGUUGCCAGGAAAUCAUCUCAAAUCGCCAGCACAGUGAAAAAGUGAGCAAGUUGUGUAUUGACUGUUUUUUUUUUUUUUGCUGUGCUGCAUCAGCAUGCAUCUUGUUAGGGCUCUCACAGCUGCUGCACAUUCUGUCCGCUCUCCGAUCUGCUCACACACCCAGAGCUGGUCAGCACUGUCCAGAUGAUGUAAGAAGUGAAUCAGAUGGUCAUUUAACAUGCUCCGUCUUUCCUAAUCAUGCACGACAUCAGUCCAACCCUGAAACGCAAUCUCCUCAGCAAGCAGCAAUCUCACAACUGUCAACACUAUGAUAAUUAGCCCAACACUACUAUCUGUAUAGUAUUUUAAAGAUGUCACCUGUGGUGUUGUUCCUGUCUAUUAAAUAAAUGUGGUUGAUCAAAUAAAGGCACUGUGUAACCCUG